AUGGGUACUUCCCAGUCUAAAAAAUACCCUCACCCUAAUCCAGGGGAGACUUGCAAGCAGUAUGUUGCUAGAGUUGGUGAACUGGGGGAUUAUUUAGUGGAUCCUUGGGUGGACAAUUUGUCAGGGUGGACACAAGGACAGGGCAGUGAAACUCCCUUCCCUAAAGACGGGGCUAAUGAUGAUUAUUUUCUGAGUAUGGUUAAGGGAUUAUGUUUGGAAGAUAAGAAAUCUUUUCCUUGGUAUGAGGGAGAUCCAGAAUGGGACAAAGAAUACAUGAGACAGGGGGGUGAGAAUUGGCUUAAGGUUGCACCUCACUGGUACCCUGUUUCCCAAGAGGGGAAAAGGAUAAAAAAGAAUAAAAAUAAUAAAAAGAAAAUUAAAGAAACUGUUGUUAAUACCUGCAAAUCACAGCCUCCUCCUAAUUACACCCCAUACUUUAGCCCACUAUAUCCUAACCUAUCACCUAAAAAUGACGAUGAUUUAGUUCUUGCUGUAGCAGUUGGAUCACAAAGAAUAGCCACUGCUCCAUCAAGUUCCCUUUCUCCCCAAGAUGAGAAGGUUAAACAAAUUCAGCGAAGGUCCCCUAAGGGUAUCCAGACUAGGUAUAAGAAAAAGAUGGGACUGGGUGUUAAAAGAACAGAUAAAGAUGAUGGAGAGGAGGAAGGGGAAGAAGAAUUUGAUGAAUUAGACACACAACAGACAUAUCCUUUUCUGACUGUUGGAGAUCAAUUAAUUUUGAAACCUUUAACUCCAGGAGAAUUGAAGGACAUAAUUAAAGGAGCUCCAAAUCCUAGAACGAAUCCUUCUGCAUGUAUUAUGUACUUGAAGAGAAUGUGCCAAGGACAGAAUAUGACACAGAUUGACAUAAAGUUAAUUAUUGAUGGACUAUUAGAUUAUGACUCAGAAUCUGGGUGGGAAUGGAAUAGAGUAACCACUGUCAGUGUUCCACUUGAUGGAACCACAGUGAGUACUUAUCCAUUAGCCACGGAAAAAGGGAGAGACAUUAUGUGGGAUGAAGUAAAAACAGAGAUGAUGAGAUUAUGGAAAGACAAGCAGUCUAUCUCCACUGCUUUGUCCUGUAAACAGGGCAUAAAGGAGACAGUGACAGAAUUCACUAAAAGGUUUUAUAAAUGUUGGAAAGAUGAAGCUGGACUUGGUUCAGAGGAAAGUGGUAUGGGUUCUUUAAAAAUACAGACUUGCAUUGGGAAUAUGCUUCCAGCAUAUUCACUGCUAGUUAAACAGCUGAUUUCAGAGUGGUCAACUUUAACUCCAGUUAAAUUCUUGCAGAAAAUACAUGAGAGAGAAGCAGCAGGUUGUUUUGCUAUUGGUAAAGAUGGAAAGAGUAUGUUGUAUCAGUCACAGGGUUUACAGCAUUGUGAUCCUAAUCGUGCAAGACAGAGAGAUUUUGGAGGUGAUAGGAGAUUAAACCAAAGAGGAUUUAGGGGUCCAGGGGGAAGAGGACGUGGAGGGAAUAGGUCCCAACCAUUUACUAAUAGAAGGACAUAUUGUUUUAACUGUGGAAGGCAGGGACACUGGAUGAAUGAGUGCCCCAACCCUAUCAGACAAAAGACUGGACAGGCUGAACAGACCCCAGGUCGCCCAUGGAUACCCCAACAGCCCCACUACCCCCCCACAGCAUCGCUCUCCUGCCCCUAAUACCCCCUCUGGCCCUAAAACUUCAUCUGGCCCUACCCAUCACAUUCAAUGGCCAUAGGGCUGCCCAGAAGGUAACACCCCAGCUUUUCCUGUAUUGUCCUCUAAUUUUAUGGAACAACCCUUUAUAGUCCUCAAUGUAAAUGGGAGGGACAUGCCCUUUAUUGUAGACACGGGUGCAACCUGUUCCACCAUUUGUAUGGAUGUAUAUAGAGGUUCAAGGGAAAAGUCGACACCUUCUGUGGGAAUAAAUGGAGUGUUAACAAAAACCUUCAAAACUAUCCCUUUGGAAAUUAAAUUACCCCACUCCCCUAUUUCUCUACGCCACCAGUUUAGCCUAAUCCCAGGGUGCCCUGUUAGUCUCCUAGGGAGGGAUCUCCUUGGACUACUGGGUACAACUGUGGAUUUUUCCCCUGAGGGUGGCAUGGCAGUUUCCCUUACUGCCCCAUCCUCUGGAAUUUUUCUGCAGAUGGAUAUGGAUGAGGUACCUGCUUCUGUAUGGGCUUCAUCCAAGCUAGAUGUAGGAUACAUAAACUGUACCCCUUAUAAAGCAAAACUACGUCCAGAUGUCAGCCCAAUUUAUAUUAAACAGUAUCCCCUGUCACAGGAAAAGAAGGAUGGGAUCAGACCUAUGAUCCAGUCCUUCCUUCAACAGGGUAUACUCAGGCCUGUAGUCUCCCCCUAUAACUCCCCUAUUAACCCGGUCCCUAAGGCUACCAAGGACUACAGAUUUGUUCAAGACCUUAGGGCCAUUAACAAUUUGAUUAUUCCAAUAGCCCCCAUUGUCCCUGAUGUUAACACUCUGAUAACAGCCAUUCCUCAUGAAGCUAAGUAUUUUACAGUCAUUGACUUAAGUAAUGCAUUUUUCUCGGUCCCUGUUGACCAAGAGACACAACUACUUAUGGCUUUCACUUUUGAGGGGGUUCAGUACACCUGGACUCGCCUUCCCCAGGGCUACGUGGACUCACCAGCUGUUUAUUCGCUGGUGCUCCAACAAACCCUUAAGUCAUGGACCCCUGGUCAUGGUUCCGUCCUGCUGCAGUAUGUUGAUGAUAUACUGCUGUGCAGUCCUGACUGGGAAGCCAGCACACAAGACACUGUCAGCUUAUUGAAACAUUUAGCACUGGAAGGCCACAAGGUAGCCAAGCAUAAAAUCCAAUUGGGUGCAGAGAAGGUUGACUAUCUGGGAUUUGUGUUACAACAAGGCACACGCUCCCUCAGCUCCAAACGUAUUGAAGCUCUACAAAGGAUACCCAAACCUGUUACAAAGAAGGAGUUGCUCACCUUCUUGGGUAUGAUCAAUUACUGUCGCCAGUGGAUACCUGAAUGUUCAUACUACGACUCAAUUUUGAGAAUGGCUGUAAAAGGGGACAGCCCAGAUUACAUCAGAUGGUCACCUGAAAUGGACAAUGCAUAUGUGGCACUUAAAGUAGGCAUUAUGCAGGCCCCAGCUUUAGGACUGCCUAAUUAUUGUAAACCAUUUCAUCUUUAUGCAAGGGACAACUGUAAAACCAUGGCUGCGGUCUGUGCUCAGGAACAUGGAGGUGGUAUGCGUCCUGUAGCAUUUUUCUCCAAAGUAGUCCCUGUUCCGGUUCAGGGGAUGCCGGCGUGUCUUAGGGCCCUGGCUGCUUGUGCAAUGGCUGUUGAGACUGCUACUACUAUCACUCUGGGCCAUCCCACUAUUCUCCAUACAUCACACCAAGUGUUGCAUUUGAUCAAGAAUCUCACUACACAACACAUGACAGCACAAAGAUUAAGUGGUUAUGAAAUAAUUCUCUUAAAUUCUACUAAUUUACAGAUCAAGUACGGCCCUAUUAAUUCUGGCCCUAUGAGUGUACUGCAUGCUAUCCUUACUCAUGACAACCCUAAUCUAAGCAAAACUCAGCCAGAAGAACAUGACUGUAUUCAUACUAUACAUACACAUACCUCCCCACGCUUAGACCUCAUGGAUACCCCUCAGCCAGGUUCUGAGGAUGUGUUUGUGGAUGGAUCUUGUUCCCGACCUGUUGACGGUCAGUACCAGACUGGGUAUGCAGUAGUCCAAUUACCUGAUAAGGUCCUUGAGGCUAGCUCCAUACCCCACAUGUCAGCCCAAGCUGCUGAGUUGGUUGCCCUCACACGUGCAUGCACUCUAUUCACUAACAAAGAUGUAAAUAUUUACACUGACUCACGUUACGCUCAUGGGGUUGUGCAUGAUUUUGGAAUGAUUUGGAAACAAAGAGGAUUCAUUGCAGCUGAUGGUAAAGGCAUUUCUCAUAAGACAUUAAUUGAAGACCUCUUGCAUGCUUUACAACUUCCUCGUACAGUGUCUAUCAUUCACUGUAGAGCUCACACUCAAGGUAGGGAUGAUAUAUCCCUAGGCAAUGCACUAGCAGAUAGAAUUGCCAAAGAGGUAGCAUCUCAGACCAUUUAUUAUCGUAUGAUAUUUUCAAUUUUUAGUCCCCCUACCUGCCCAGAAGAACAGUUGUUGCAAGAACUUCAGGGUUUUGCAACCCAUGAAGAUAUUGCAUACUGGAAAAAACAAGGUUUGGAAAAAGACCAAAAUGGCCUUUAUUCCAAAGAGGGGAAGAUAGGGAUACCAGAAAGCAGUGCCCCUAUUUUUAUUUCCCAGGCACACGGAGUGGGUCACAAGGGUCUUAAGGUUACUUUGGGUCUUAUUCAACAACAUUUUGUAAUCUUGAAUCUUUCUCUCCACUGUCAGGUAUACUUACAGAGGUGUGUCCAAUGCUUACAGACCAAUACUACUGUCACACAUAAGGCUAGACAUGAACACCUCCCACCACCUACAGGCCCUUUCACCCAUUUACAGGUAGAUUUCACCCACAUCCCCAAAACAGGUAAGCGACAACAAUACUUACUGGUGAUUGUGGAUCACUUCUCAAAAUGGCCCGAGGCCUUUGUUACUAAUAAGGAGGAUGCUAGGACUGUGGUGAAAAUACUGACCACUGAAAUUAUUCCUAGGUAUGGCUGCCCAUUGCAGAUCAAUUCUGAUAAUGGCCCUGCCUUUGCUAGCAAAGUUACACAGGAACUGGCCAAAUGGUUACAGGUUACCUGGAAAUUUAAUGUACCCUACCAUCCCCAGAGUUCAGGUAUAGUAGAAAGAAUGAAUAGGACAAUUAAGGAGAAACUGAUGAAGGCCACAGAUGGCACAUGGGUUCACUGGCAAACAUACUUACCUGCUAUUUUAGCUGAAAUAAGAAUGACCCCUAGCAGGACUACUAAAUUGUCACCGUUUGAGAUACUCAUGGGAAGACCAUUUCCUACUCCUUGGGUGAAGGGACGAUUUGUUAUUAUGCCUGGUGAUUUAGACUUAAUCCAGGAAGAAUAUGUUAAACAGUUAAUUUUUAAACUCAACUCUGUAUAUGGUGAUGUUUCCGUGCAGUUUCCUCUACCCUCACAGGAACCUACACAUCCUUAUCAGCCUGGUGAUCUGGUCUGUAUCCGACAGCUGAACAAGAGCAGGAAGGGAAAGUUUCCUUUUGGUCCGCCUACCACUGUGAUUGCCGUGACCCGAACCGCUGUGCUCACCGAUUCCCAAGAUAUCUGGAUCCAUGCAUCCCGUCUGAAGCCGUGUCCAAAGAGAGGUGAAGUAGGAGACAAGCUUAAGGUCCUUACUCCGAUUGGCCCUGACGACCCAACAUCCUUAUCUGAAGUGCUAUGGCUAAAGUAAACCUAUUGGAUCCCUUGCAUGGGGCAAAGAAUUUUUUCAUCAUCCUAAUUCUCUCCAUGAUUCUCUUCCUACCGCUGAUUGUCCUUCUUGAUUGUCACUAUGAUUAUGAGAAUAUGAGAGAGUUCCAGAAGGUCUGCUUCUGGAAAGAUCACAACUCCACCAGUUACAGUGUCCAAUUAGGCCUUGAUCAUCCUACUAAUAGAACCAGACACAAAAGAUCACUACCCACAGACAAGACUUUGCAAACUUACACCAAUUGUUCUUCUAAAUCAGUAUUUUGGUGGAGCCGUGCUAAAGAGACUAGAACACAAGAGGAUUUUAUAUGUAAUGGCGGCAAAACCUGCCUUGUACUUAAUAUUACAACUAAAGGUCAAAUAUGCAUUGCUGCAAAGACUGCACAAGUAG